UCGAAUCGUUUCAUUUUCACGCGAUCAGUUUGGCCAACCUGCAAAGACACCGUUUCCCAUCGACGCUUUUCGAGUUUUCGGUUGACGUUUUUACGGUUCUUAUUUACCCACCGAUAUCCUUCCUGCCUUCUGCAGGCCCUCCCGACAUAAAAUGGACCCAAAUUUCCAGUUAGUGAAACUCGUGGAUCCAAGUAAGAGCGUCACGAAAAUCAAAGACAAAUUUGCCAAACUCACGCUUUCCUCACGCAAAAAGAAGGAACCUGACCCAGAAUUGGCAAAGCAAGAACGGGAAAAGGCCUCCACGUCCAAAUCACAGACGAGCCGGAAACUUUUCGACGAUGUCCUAACUGACGACGGCUCCGAAUCGGAGGCGGAAGAAUUGAAUCGAAUUUUCUGUAGCAAAACUACAGCAAAAACGAGUGACAAUGGGGCAAAGGAUGCCCAGCGUAAAUCCGAAAGACGAUCGAAAAGUUUGUCGCAGCGUUUGCACCUCAGUGAUUCAGACGAGACAAAUUGUUCCUUUGAGAUCGUUGCCCGGCCCGAGGCAGUGAUGUCCGAAAUGGAAAAGUUGGAAAUGUCCCCGACACAGCCGCCAGCCCGGCAAUCCUCGCAAAAGUUGUUCACCGACAGUUCGCCCACAGACGAGAAGGAUGUGCCCCUUCAACAGAUCUCUUCCAGACUGAGCUCGCUCAGCAUCAAAUGCCCGGCGAACCCCAUCGAGAAUUCGUCCGAUGAGCGAAAGGCUCGCGAUGCGGCGCUCGAAGAUAUUUUCAAGCAACAGAUAGAGGAGAAAAUGAAAACCGUUGACGAAGCACCAGAAAUGCGAAGGUAUUCGAUCCUGACGAUCAGCAGUACGGCCGAGUCGCCAGUCAAAGGACAGCAAGAGAAAGACGACGACGAGGACAGUGACGUGGUAAUCAUAUCCGAAUCAGAGGAGGAGGAUGACGACGAUUUCUAUCCUGUUUCGGUAACUCAGGGUCCCUCGACCACGAUAUCCGAAACAAUGCAGCAGCGCAUCAAUGACUUCUUCGAAAACAUUCCAUCGCUAGGGUCCAAUCAGGGCCCCGAGCAAUUAUUUGAACAUUUGGAGGAAAAAAUUGACUUGACGAAAUCCAUUGAAGGAUCGGUGAAAAAUGACGACAGUUUGCCUGAAGACUCGAUCGAAAUUUGUGAAAGUUCCCCGGAAAGUGCAAGGCGGGUUCCACUAACUGAAAGGCCUCUGGAAGAUUCGCCAUCUAAAAUGCUCUUGCGUUCUGCACAGAAGGCGUCGCAUCGAAACAGUCCAUUUGCAUCGCCUCAAAGGUUUGCUUCUCCGUCGCCACGAAAACCGCGAACGCCGCGGAAAGUAGAAACUCCUGAGCUCCCCCAAAGUAGGUUGACUCCGAAGAAGACCACUACGCCUAGGAAAGUAACUCCAAGCACAUUGACGCGGGGAGGAAAAUGUGCGCAACCCGACAAGAAAACUCCAACUACAUCAGGAAAAGUGCAGACUCCUAAAAAGGCAGCAACAUCACCACGUAAACCUCGGACUCCACGAAAGACACCCACACCAAAGGUGCCGAAAAAACCAGAGAACUCCCGAAAGUCUCCUUCACCACAACCUCAGUCAGCUCGCAAACCGCAACAGGUGCCAACGGAGGAAGUAACUGAAUCCGUAACUCCAUCGGCGCCUGGCUCACAUCGCCCUUCUGAUAGAGUUUCAGACGCCAGCACCGAGUACCAGAUCGAAAGAAUUAACAUUUCAACCACGAUCAAAAUCAAGUUGCAAUUCAACGACGAAAUGCUCGCAUCCAUUCAUAGUUCGCCGGUGACCAGCACCACCUCGAAUCUUCCACGGCUCACGGAGUCAGAAUCGCCGACUAGUCCGGGCCCAUCGGGACGUCAUGCUGAAGAGCAAGUACAUACGCCUGACAAUCUGAAGCAACGUUCCCUUCGGGAUCCUGGGAUGUUGACGUUUGUGGACAUCUCCAAGGGUAGUCCGAUCUCCAAUUUUUAUGCAAACAAAGAAUUGGAAAGCCAUGAAGAUAUCAAUCCUGAGGAAGUAAUUGAACGUGGAAAUCCCCUACCAUCGCCUCCUAUCCGAGAUAUUCCAAACUCCCCAGAGAAUUCUCCCCAACAUCCCGAGCCAACAUCUUCAGAAGAAAUAUUUAAAGCCAGAAAUCCCCCACAACCUGAAACGAAGAACACUCGCUCGAUUCCUCAGAACUCUCCUCCGCAACGUGAAACGAAAAACAUUCCUUCAAGUCCUCAAAUUUCUCCUCCACAACCUGAAAUCAGGAAUACCCGCUCCAGUCCUGAGAUUUCUCCUCCGCAACCUGAAACGCAAAGCACUCACUGUAGUCCCCAGAGCCCCCCUCCUGCAAAAGAAUCUUCACCUGAAGUAGAAAUUGACGACACAGCCCAAAAGCUGCUGGACCAACUUUAUGGGGAUGAGUGGAAGACGCCGGACGUUGUGAAAACGCUGAAGAAAAAGUCUGCAUUAAACAUUUCGCAGAGGGUGGACGCCAUUGACAGGACAGUCGUCAAUGAGAGUAUGAUGGACUUUUCGAAAUUUCACAAGGAUAUUCGAACUGAUUUGGAGUCGACACGUUUGCCUGACGUGUCACAAUCGACGCGGAAGGCUAUAUUCAAGGUGCCAGCUACGGAGCGUAAGAUUACAAGGACUAAAAAAGAUGUUGACAAGGCAAUUGCGUCGGAAAGGAAACCUGUAAGAAGUAUUAAAGGUCAAACUCCAAGAGUUCAGGUUCGGCCGAAAUGUGAUAGUGAUUUAUCCGAUAGCGACAGCGACUUUGGUGCUUCAAGUGACGAAUCCUGGAAAAAUGUAUUUUCAUAUAGCUCAGAUAGCAGCAGUGAGAGCAACAAAGGGACAAUAUCUAUGAGAAAGCCAUCGAAGAAAACAAAGAAGAAAAAUUCUUCCAAGGAUGAAAUAAUCUAUUUAGAUUUAUCGAGCGACCUAAUUAAGGUGCAAGAAGUAAAUGAAAGUCCAUGUGCGAAUAAGGAUGAAGGCUUCCAGCGACGGUUACAGGAAAUUCUGGAUACUUGCAAAUUGCCGGAUAAGAAGAAACUUGAGGCAACUCCGAGGAACCCCAAAACCAAGAGAAAACUAUUUACCCCUCGUUUCGGUGAAGAAGACGAAGCGGGUCCAGUGUUAUCAACUAGGAAGGAGGAUAAAACCACGGACAAUGAUGUUGUGAUACUUAACGCUCCACUUCCAGCGAUGUUCGAACCUAUCAACAAACAUUUAGAGGCAGUAAAGACUGGUAAACCGAUUUUCCCGCUGAGGACACCGAAAACAAUAUCAAAAAAAAACAAAGAAAACGUCCCAUCAGGUAGUGAUGUUUCCACUCCACAAAAUACCCCAAGAACUCAGAAAGGAAGUAAAACUAAGCAAGAUGACGACUUCAACUCGGGAUUACCCAGUACUCCUUGUGAUAAAUAUGGAUUUUUGCAAUCACUGGAUGUGAUCGUUGCCAAGAAGUUUUGUCAUCCAGAAGCAUUAAUGUAUCGCGAGAAUUAUAAGACUAAGAAACAAGAGUUAGCUGAAAAGUUGUAUGAAAUGUACAAUGCCAAAGUUUUCAAUAACGAUUUGAACGUGGCGUUGGUUUGGAAUAAGAAACUAUUGAACACCGCUGGACGUUGCAGUUGUAGCACAAAAGGAGGAAAACGAGUCGCUCGUGUAGAACUCAGUGAGAAAGUGUUAACAAGUGCUGAUCGUUUGAGGUGCACACUAAUUCAUGAACUAUGUCACGCGGCCACUUGGAUAUACAAUGGAGAACACGGCCAUGGGGCAACAUGGAAGAAAUGGGCACGAAGGGCAAAUGGUAUUUUCCCAGAGCUUCCUCAAAUUGGAGUAUGUCAUGACUACGAUAUAGACUAUAAAUACACAUACAAAUGUACAUUGUGCAAUGCGAAAUCUCAUGCCCAUUCGAAAUCGAAAAAGGUUGAAAGUAUACGCUGUGCAUACUGUCACGGUGCAAUUGAAGUAUUUCUCAAUAAAAAGGAUAAAGAUGGAAAUGUUCUACCGACACCCGUUAAAGAACCUACAGGGUUUGCAAAAUUCGUCAAGGAGAACUACAAAAAGUAUAAGACACCCGAUCUGAAACACGCCGAAGUAAUGAGACUGCUGAGCAAUGAGUUUGGUGCAUUAAGUGUCGAUGGAAAGAAAUGAUUUAAAGUUAGGAUUUAUUUUUUAGUUUCAUUUUAUUUCCACAUUUUUUUUAAGAUAUAGAGAAAAGACUACUGCCAAUUAGGACUGUUAGCACUGUAUUUACUAAGAGACAAUUUAUACAGAAUAUAUAGACUUUUGUAUA